AUGUCCAAUUUAUCAGACACAUCACGACUAAAGGCCACCGUGUUCGUCGGCGGCCUCGACCAGGCAGUAACACAGCAGACGCUUUUCCACGCCUUCCUGCCAUUUGGCGACAUUGUUGAAGUCAACUUGCCUAAACCGGAAAACCAGAGCCAGGGCGAACAACAUCGAGGAUUCGGCUAUGUUGAGUUUGAGACUGCAACCGACGCGACAGACGCUAUUGACAACAUGGACCGGAGCGAAUUGUACGGUUCCGUUAUCAAGGUAGCAGCAGCCAAACCACAGAAAGAUGCAAACGAAGGACUGGGCAGCAAGACAGCCAUCUGGGAGCAGGAGGGCUGGUUGGCCAAGCAUGCUGUGAGUGAAGAGGAUCGCAAGGCUAGUGAGCAGAUUCAAGACGAGGCGAACGGGCCUAUGGACCCUAUGCAGGGCUUGGAGGGACUUGAUGAGGCUGGGCCGAAGCCCGUGUAA